AGUGCGCAGGUCUAUCAUUUGUUUUACCUGCAGUGAUUUAACGUGACUCCACCCAUGUCAUCUACUAUAUAUACCUGUAACAACAGUAUUUUAUUUAUCCGUUCACAUAAACCAAAACAACUUUCGAUUUUGAUAGACGGAUUCUCACUUUCUUUAGUACAGUAACAUAUACACCACGAGAAUCAUUUAAUAAGGACACGGGAACGGAAUGAGAAUGUCCUUGAGGUUGGUGACCCUGGCCUUGGUGCUGGGGUUCACUUGUGCUGGAUCAGUUGGUUCCACUGGUGGAAUCUCAGACUGGAUUAACAGUUGGAUGGAUUGGGGAUUAGGUUCUGGAGCUCAAACAGCUCCAGCGUCUCAAGCAGCAGAACAAAGACUUCUUGAAGACACCAGUUUUGGUCAUGAUCAUAUUGAUAUGUCAACCAAUGGCAUAGCUGUAAUAGAUCAAGGCUUCCCUGUUGUAACACUGUGUCCAGUUAAUGUGAUGUUUAUACUUGAUGGAUCAGACAGUGUCUCACCACUAGGUUUCGGUCAGGCUAAAUAUUACCUGAAAAACGCUAUCCGAAACGUUACUAAUAUGUAUAAGGAAGCUGAUGUAGGAGUUAUUAUGUUCAGUAAUGGCAUCUCCCAGGAGAUUGAACUUAAAGCACGCAAUACAUUUGAACUCAACCAAUUAUAUCUUGAAAUAGAUGGUUUGAUUCAACCAAGAGGUCAAACCGAUCUCUAUCUAGCUUUAAGAAGAGCCCACACCGUACUCGGUACAUACAGACCUAACGAAGGAAAGGCUAUUGUUUUAAUAUCAGAUGGUUGUCCAAAUAAUGUGGCUAAAUCUAAAGCUGAAGCUACAUAUGCCUGGUCCAAAGGAGUUUACGUCGUGAGUAUUGCUAUUGAAAAGGCCCAGGUAGAUAUGUUGAAGAAAUUAUCAUUCAGAAUUCAAGAUAUCAGCACACCCAUUGAUUGGAAAUAUACCGUAGCCUGCCCACCGUCCACAUUACCCCAGUUAAGUGCUGGAUUGAGUUGUUCAGAUAUUAUGAUCGUUAUGGAUGGAUCAGACUCUGCCGGUAAACAGAAAAGUGUCAUCAAGAAUUAUUUGGCUAAUUUAGCUGACAGAUUUUAUAAUGUUAGAAAUCAGAUGGGUGUUGUUGUAUAUGGUACUGAUGUCGACUCUGUUAUUCCCUUAACUUUAGAUAAAUCUAUGCUGUCCGAGACAAUCAUCAACGACCUACGGAUCCCAGCUACAGGAACAGCUACUUCUAAAGGUAUCGAAAGAGCAGUGCAAAUUCUACAAAGUGACGGAAGAACAACAAAUAAAGUUAUUAUCCUUAUAACUGAUGGUCCACCACUGGAUCCAAACCAAGCUGCUUUAGCUACCAGAGCAGCGAUUAACAGCGGUAUCAGAGUUAUAGUAAUUGGAGUGGGCACUCACUUACAGUAUUCAGACCUCGUCUCGAUAGCUGGAGGCGUUACUCAAAAUAUUUUCCAAGUGGAAUCCUUCCUGGAUCUUUAUUCAUUAAAUUUUACAGACAACGUCUGUGGUACGCCAACUGUAAGAUGUAAUAAUCCAUGUUCUAAUGGAAAUGCUGGUCUGUUACGUGAUGUGUGUACAUGUACAUGCAAUGCUGGUUGGACUGGUACUGCUUGUGACGUUAGAGCAAACAUCUGUCCUCAAUGUGAAAACGGUGGUUACAGAUCUUCAACCAGUUCAUUUGAUUGCAGAUGUAUUUGUCUACCUGGUUUCAGUGGCCCCGCCUGCGAAAUGGAUAUGUGUAGAAAUUUACGAAAUAGUUGCAAUGGAAACGUUUCGCCAACUGCUGGAGGCUGUCAAUGCAUCUGUAGAGCCGGAUAUACUGGACAAAACUGUGAUGUACCUAUAUGUACUGAUAGUAACAUUUGUACCAGUUCAGAGAGGGGUGUGGCGUUUUAUAACGUCAACACUAGAGCGUGUGGUUGUCAAUGUCGAUCGGGAUAUACCGGAAGUCGCUGUGAACGCAUUGAUUGUACCUCAACGCAAUGUAAAAAUGGUGGAACCCCUGCUCUGUCUGGAACAUCUUGUUAUUGUCGAUGCCCUUCAACACACACCGGUACUUAUUGUGACACACCAGUUGUAGUAUGCCAAUCGUGUAGAAAUGGCGGUUAUAGAGCAUCGACGUCCACCUAUGACUGUUCAUGUACAUGUCCUGCUGGUUACUCUGGUCAAUAUUGUGAAAUUGACGCCUGUCAAAAUAUACAAAAUUCUUGUCAAAAUGGACGACUAGUAAGAUCAUCUAGUGGAUGUGCUUGUCAGUGUAAUGUUGGCUUUAGUGGAUCUCGAUGUGAUACAUGUUUUAAGAAUUGUGCUAAUGGAGGUACACCAUAUGUAUCCAAUGGUGCAUGUCUGUGCAGCUGUGCAAGUGGUUUUACUGGCGAACUAUGUUCACGUGCAUUAAAUCCUUGUCCUAAUACUAGAUGUAAUGGAGGAACACCCCAGUUGAUUAAUGAUAGAUGUGUCUGUUUAUGUCAACCAGGAUUUACGGGAGAAGGCUGUACAGAUCUUAUAUGUAUUGAUGUCAGAGAUUGUAAUAGCAAUGGUCGAUCUUUCUUCUUUCAAAACAACUCAACAUGCGGAUGCAAUUGUAACCAGGGAUUUUUACCACCAAACUGUGGCGUUAGAGAUUGCUCAGGCUACCGGUGUGCAAACGGUGGAUCUCCUGCAUCUUCGGGCAGUUCUUGUUUAUGCAAUUGUCCUAGAUCUUUUACAGGUCCCAACUGUGACACACCAGUUUGUCAACCUUGUUUAAAUGGUGGCGUUAGAUCCAAUUCUAACACUGGAUGUUCUUGUACAUGUCGUGCUGGUUUUACUGGACCAGUCUGUGAAGUCGAUGAAUGCAAUAGAGUUCGACCUAGUUGUUAUAAUGGAGUAGCCACGCCCACACAAGGUGGUUGUCAAUGUAGAUGUAAUACUGGUAUUACUGGUACUAACUGUGAUAGAUGUUUGACACCAUGUCAAAAUGGCGGAACACAAUCUAUAGUUAGUGGAGGGUGUGUUUGUAGAUGUAGAGAUGGUUACAGUGGAACCAACUGUGAAAUUGAACCUCGAUGUUUAAGAGAAACUUGUUCUGGAAGAGGUACUGCCAGAUUACUCAAUGAUGCAUGUGCUUGUGACUGUAAUCCUGGUUUCACUGGGGCUAAAUGUGAUGCUCUUCUAUGUACUGCCAGUGAUUGUUCAUUCCGUGGUACAGCUUUCUAUAAUGCAGCUACAUCUAGGUGUGGUUGUAAUUGUAAUUCUGGAUACAUAGGAGAAACCUGUCAAAAUAGAGAUUGCUCAGGCUACCGAUGUGCAAACGGUGGAUUAUCAGUAUCUUCGGGCAGUUCUUGUGUCUGCAAUUGUCCUAGAUCUUUUACAGGUCCCAACUGUGACACACCAGUUUGUCAGUCUUGUUUAAAUGGUGGCUAUAGAUCCAUUCCUAGCAAUGGAUGUUCUUGUACAUGCCGUGCUGGUUUUACUGGACAACUCUGUGAAGUCGAUGAAUGCGAUAGGGUUCGACCUAAUUGUAAUAAUGGAGUAGCCACGCCCACACAAGGUGGAUGUCAAUGUAGAUGUAAUACUGGUAUUACUGGUACUAACUGUGAUAGAUGUUUGACACCAUGUCAAAAUGGCGGAACACAAUCUAUAGCUAGUGGACGGUGUGUUUGUAGAUGUAGAGAUGGUUACAGUGGAACCAACUGUGAAAUUGAACCUCGAUGUUUAAGAGAAACUUGUUCUGGAAGAGGUACUGCCAGAUUACUCAAUGAUGCAUGUGCUUGUGACUGUAAUCAUGGUUUCACUGGGGCUAAAUGUGAUGCUCUUCUAUGUACUGCCAGUGAUUGUUCAUUCCGUGGUACAGCUUUCUAUAAUGCAGCUACAUCUAGGUGUGGUUGUAAUUGUAAUUCUGGAUACACAGGAGAAACCUGUCAAAAUAGAGAUUGUAGUGGUUAUCAGUGUUUUAACGGAGGAAGAAGUAAUGUUGUUGGUGAUGCAUGUUCAUGUACAUGUCUAACUGGUUAUACUGGUUUAAGAUGUGAAACAAGAGACUGUAGCUCCUAUCAAUGUCAGAAUGAUGGGCGAAGUGUGGUUAAUGGUAAUACAUGUGUCUGUCAAUGUCAACAAGGCUUUACUGGAACAAGAUGUGAAACCCGAGACUGUAGCUCCUAUCAAUGUCAGAAUGAUGGGCGAAGUGUGGUUAUUGGUAAUACAUGUCGUUGUCAAUGUCAACAAGGUUUUACUGGAACAAGAUGUGAAACCCGAGACUGUAGCUCCUAUCAAUGCCAGAAUAAUGGGCGAAGUGUGGUUAUUGGUAAUACAUGUCGUUGUCAAUGUCAACAAGGGUUUAUUGGAACAAGAUGUGAAACCCGAGACUGUAGCUCCUAUCAAUGUCAGAAUGAUGGGCGAAGUGUGGUUAUUGGUAAUACAUGUCGUUGUCAAUGUCAACAAGGUUUUACUGGAACAAGAUGUGAAACCCGAGACUGUAGCUCCUAUCAAUGCCAGAAUAAUGGGCGAAGUGUGGUUAUUGGUAAUACAUGUCGUUGUCAAUGUCAACAAGGGUUUAUUGGAACAAGAUGUGAAACCCGAGACUGUAGCUCCUAUCAAUGUCAGAAUGAUGGGCGAAGUGUGGUUAUUGGUAAUACAUGUGGCUGUCAAUGUCAACAAGGGUUUACUGGAAGCAGAUGUGAAACCCGAGAAUGUUCAAAUUAUGGAUGUAGAAAUGGUGGUGUACCAGCUGUAUCUGGUACAAGUUGUUAUUGUAGAUGUACUGCAGAUUAUUCUGGUACUUUCUGUGAUUCACCCACUUGUUCUAGCUUUGCUUGUCAAAAUGGUGGUAAUGCCAUCUCUAAUGGUAAUACUUGUUCAUGUAGAUGUCCUUCUAGUUAUACCGGUCUAACAUGUGACACAAGAGUUUGUGACCGAUUCACGUACCCCUGUGAGAAUGGCGGAACACCAUACAGCAAUGGCAACCAAUGUGCAUGUACCUGUACUCCGGGAUUCUCUGGCCAAACUUGUGGUCGAUCCCUUUGUGCAAACUUCUGUGAUAAUGGUGGUAUUGCAGUUGCUACCCAGUCUGGAUGUACCUGUAACUGCCCUGCCGAUUUCACUGGGUCGAGAUGUGAAGUUAGUCGAUGUGAUAGUUUUUGCGUCAACGGUGCCCCAACAACAACAUAUGCAAACGGGUGUGGAUGUAACUGCGAUGUUGGUUACACUGGACAAAGGUGUGACAGUCGAGAUCCAUGUUUAACCAUAAACUGCAUGAAUGGACAAAAGGUUCCAGUUGGCGGAACAUGUCAGUGUCAGUGUCGAUUAGGUUUCACUGGUUCUGAUUGUAGCCGAUCUCUAUGUUCAAGAAGUAACUGUAACAACCACGGUAGUUCUGUAUAUAGCCAGGCGACCGGAACUUGUCAAUGUUUUUGUGACAGUGGAUUCAGCGGACCCGAUUGUGCUGGCAUUGCACCAUGUCGUACGGAUUGUCUUAAUGGUGUAGGACGAUUAGCAGCACCAGGACAAUGUUUUUGUGAUUGUGAACAAGGGUUUACAGGAACCUACUGUGAAACCCCGAUAACAACUGAGCAAUGUACGGGAUCUGAGAACUUGUGUCAGAACGGUCAACCCUCUAUUAGAAAUAGCUGUACCGGUCAAUGCCAAUGUGCUUGCAGUAGAGACUUUGCUGGUGCCUAUUGUGAAAUAAGAAUCGAAGCUGAUUUAUGUGAUGAAUGUCAUUGGAGGAAUGGUGUGGGUUAUACCUAUGUAAGAAAUAGGUGUGAUAUGUAUGUUACUUGCAUACAACUUGAUACUGGUUAUCUUACUGUUGCUAGAGAAUGUGCUCCUGGAACAUUCUGGGACAAUGAAAAACUAACUUGUGUCGCCGUUGGUAGUGGAAGCUGUGCUCAAGAUCCUUGUCGAAAUUUGGCCCCUUUCUCCAAUUAUUCACACAAUAGUGAAUGCCAGGAAUUUUAUACAUGUGGUAAUGAUGGUACAACACAGGGUAGAAGUUGUUGUGAAGCUGGCUGGGGAUUUGAUAUUAAUUUGAAUCAAUGUAAACCAGAUGCUUCUUGUAAGGGUGUUUGUAAAAGAAGUGCUGCUGAUUCUAGAGCUGCUACCUGUUAUAAUGGAUGUGAUUUUGCUGCUGAUUUUAACGAUGCCCAUUACUUCUACAGAAAGACUAACCCAUCUGAACGACAGAUUUGUGGACCAGGAACUAUAUUUAAUGAAAGUUUAUGUACCUGUGAUUAUGACAGUACUCCACCACAGAGAACUUUAAAUUGUGAACCCGACAGAUAUCUACAUUUCGAUGAUAAUAUUUUCCAACCAGAAUUCACUUACGAUAAUGUUACACUACUUGGAGCCCGUGAUGUGGGAGGUAUUACUAACGGUGCUGGGCGUUUCACUGGAGAUGACAGAGUUUUAAUCCAAAGAUUCGCUAAUUCAGGAUUCAAUUAUAACUAUUUCAUCAUCCAAGUUAGAGUUAAACCAGAAAAUGUGCUACCAGGCCAAGAGUUCGCGGUCAUCUCCAAUGGUGAUUGCGGGGUCAAUGAAUCUGUUUCCAUAACCUUGACCCCUGGUCAAGCCCAUUUUAAAGUUCAACCACAAGAGUCUUCACCAUCGAUAUUAUCAGCUGCUUGUAAUACAGUUUCCGGCGAAUGGUUGGAUCUAGAGCUACAUUAUAUCAAAAAUGAACAGAGUAGUUAUACUUUCUUCGGGAAAGUUAAUGGAGCUAAAUCUAAUGAAGUUGCUGUUAAUGCCCCCAUUGCAGAUCGCAAAUGUGCAGUGCAAGUUGGUCAAGGGUAUGGAUAUCGAUUACUUCAAGGUUAUGUCGAUUGGGUAAAAAUUUACACCCUGUGCGAUCCAAACGACCAACUCAGAGGUUAGAAAGUUUUCCGACAUAAAUUUUGCCCUUUAUUUAUAUAUUAUUUUAUAUUGUGUUUUUGAAUAAAGAGAACUCCACUAUGUGCCAUAUAAAUAAAUCAAGCAUUCCCAUGUAGAUUAAGAAUAUAAUUAUAUUUGUAAAUUAUUAUAUUAUUAUGGAAUUGAUAUAAAUAAAAAUAUUAUUUUUCAACUACCAAAGUUUUUCAAGAAAAUAAGUAAUAUUAUAUGAAUAAUAUUAUAUUUUAUAAUAAUUUUCUAUUUUAGUCCCAAUUACCAUUUUUUGUACAUUUUUAAAAUUGUUUUCCUAUUUUUUCUACAUCCCAGUCUUUUCUAAUUGUGAUAUAAUACAGUUGAACACAUUUGAUCAAAGGUUAUAAAGGGCAUCAACAUAGGGCGCCCCCUGUUGUAAACAUUUGUAGCCACAGAAUUUAAAUAAAACAAUGAGACUGUU